CCAUGUGACCAUACAAUGAUGUCAUUCCCCUUCAGGCUCGUGACUGGCUCGUGGGACGCAUAUAGGGAGUGUGAUUGGCUGGCAAGUUGUGAUAGGGGACUUGACUGGCCAAUGGAGAGAUGCUGGUGAACGUCUUGGUGCAGAAUCCCACUGAGAAUGAACAGUAUAUAAAAGCUCGCUGUGAGUGACUGUUUAGCAGAUUCACAACUGAUAACAACUGGCAACUUAAAACUGCUCCUACAAGUCUCAGAAACCAUGAUAACACUCAAACUGUGGACUGUCCUUGUCGCCUACGCCCUGGUCAUCUGCCAGAUAUAUGCAGCUCCAUCCAGAUCUAGCAGGGAGUCAGAUGGGAUCACACUGUCAGAGGAAGAGGCUCAGAGAUUACUCAAUGCCAUCAGGGAGUUCAUGCAAACUACUUUAGACACACAGACAGCCGAGGAAAACAGCAAUACCACACUGCAGAAGCGUGGAUGCAACACGGCUACGUGCGUCACACACCGCCUGGCUGACUUCCUGAGCCGCUCAGGGGGACUGGGAUACAGCAACUUUGUCCCGACCAACGUGGGAGCGCAGGCUUUCGGCAGAAGGAGGCGCUAUGGAGCCGCGUAAAACCAGCAGCAGCAGCGGCGCGGAUGGAAAUGGACGUGGAGGAUUUGCAUCAUAGAGAUUCUCAUGCAGUAAAUGAAUGAACUGUGAUUUUGAGCAGACCAUGACAUUAUCUCACUGCUUCAACAGAAAGUAACUGGCAUUUCCAUUGUAACCAUCCGGAUAAUUAAGAAGACACACUCCUCCCAGGAAAGCCCAGCUCA